UUGGUUCUCGAGCCGUGCUUGUAUGUCGCACAGGCUCUGGCUGAAGAAAGCCUUAAGUAUAUUCCUAUUUCCCAUGUUUUUCUAGUUCUGUUUUUGCCAUUUUGCCUACUUUCAUUCGUUUGCACAUGCGCGUGCCUUGCGCUUCGUGACGAGCUUGAAGUCGUUCUGUCACAAGAUGGAAUCCGCCGUUCCGAUCCGUGGUCUCCUUCCUCUAGCCCUCUUCUUCCUUCUUCUCAUAUCCACAGUCGCGGCCGCCGAACAAUCCUGUUAUGGUUUAGAUGGGACAAAACUCGAUUCUACAUAUGGACCCUGUAAGCCUGGCGCCCGCCACUCUGGCUGCUGCGCUAUCCACCGUCCUGCCGGCUCCGUCGACAUCUGUCUAGACAAUGGGUUGUGCAUGGCGACGAGCGGAGUAUACAUGGGCACGAUAUGGCAAGAUGGUUGUACCGAUUCAACCGGCAAGGAUGCGGGGUGUCCGAAGAUGUGUCCAGAUGCGACCAACAAUUUCAAUGGCCUGAAUAAAGUGCUAGCAUGGAAUGUCCAAAUGUGCGAUUACGGAAGUUAUUGCUGUCGCGCUGUCGACGACCACAACAAUUGCUGCAACAAUUCCACCGCGCCAAAGGUCAAAACGACGUUCCUAGGCGCGUUUAAGUUCGCUACGUCUACGGCUGGUGUUUCUACGGCGACGGCUUCGGUGGCUUCCGCGGUAUCGAGUCCUAGUACGAAUGAACCCAAGUCUGUGUUCGCGACAGCCGUGUCGACUGGCAUUCCAUUUCAGGCCAGCGCGACACCCCAGUCUACUCUUGAUGCGAUAUGUCCAAAGGAUAGGAGUAAGGUUGUUGGUGUCGCGGUCGGCGGAGUACUAGGUGCUUUACUUCUAGGCUUGUUAGGAGCGAUGUUCUGGGUAUUGAAGAGGGAAAAGAGGCAAAGGAAGCUGAAGCAGCAUUAUGAAGCACAGGUUCAGCAGACGCGGGCAUACCGUAAGACAAUUUUAGUGGAGUCGGAUUCGAGUGAGGUGUUGACUGAGAUGCCGUUGGGGGUGGGCUCGAAGUAUGGUGGGUAGGGGGGAUGGCUUUCGUUAGAAUGGGGUUUUUAGAAUUGCGAAGGGGAGGAGCUUGUAUGAGUAUUGUGUGUGUAUUGUCCUUGUAAUG